AGCGUUUGACAUCAAGGGAUUUUGCGUGUUGACAUUCUAGAACUUUCUAGAAAGAUCUUUCAAAGUGAAAGUUGGAAAGAAUUCUAUGAGCAGUAUUUGCAAGGAUUUUAAUUUUUAAUGCACGAUGUCGGGGCACGGGCACAGUCAUGAUGGGGGAUGUGGUGGGGGUCACGACUGUGAUAGUCACGUGACGGAAGAUCAGCUGGCAGCCGCGUACAGUCUUUAUACAAAAAUAAACUUAGACGCAGUUCAGUGCCUGAAUUCAGACUCUCCGGCAAAGUCGGUGUUUAAACCAUGGGAGCAGAGACUCGACAAAGAGGAGUAUGUAGAGAGUGAUGCAGAUCCUGAGUUACUGUUUAGAAUUCCAUUUACUGGAAGUGUGAAAUUGAAAGGCAUCAUUGUGAUAGGUGGAGAAGGACAAAGUCACCCAGAUAAAAUGAGACUGUUCAAAAAUGUCCCAGAAAUGACCUUUGAUGAGGUAGGUCGCAAAGCGGACCAGGAAUUUGAACUGAGCCCUGACCCUGAAGGCAACAUCCAGUACAGUGUCAUAGCUGCAAGAUUCAAUAGCGUAAAUACUUUAUCCAUCCAUUUUCCAUCCAACUUUGGAGAUGACAACACAAAGAUUUACUACAUAGGACUGAAGGGAGACUUCCAGCAGGCCCAACGUCAGGAGGUCGUCAUAGCAACAUACGAAGCCCGACCAAUGCCGGGUGACCACAAAGCUGGUUCUGGCUUGGAAAAUUUAAAUCUCCCGAUCAGUUGAUGUCAUGGUUAUGUUUGUUGUCCUCUGUCAUCUCUACAGCUACUUCUAGACCGUGUGCUUACAAUGUGAACUGUGUACAUGUAAUAGACGGGACAAAAUAAUGCAAUAGAUCCCGGUACAGGCACACUUCAGCGAGUGUUAACGGUACAGACACGCCUCAGCGAGUGUUAACGGUACAGACAUGCUUCAGCGAGUGUUACCAGUACAGACACGCCUCAGUGAGUGUUACCAGUACAGACACGCUUCAGUGAGUGUUACCAGUACAGACACGCCUCAGCGAGUGUUACCGGUACAGACAUGCUUCAGCGAGUGUUACCUAUACAGACACGUCUCAGUGAGUGUUACCGGUACAGACACGCUUCAGUGAGUGUUAACGGAACAUACAUGCUUCAGCGAGUGUUACCUAUACAGACACGUCUCAGCGAGUGUUACCGGUACAGACACGCUUCAGUGAGUGUUAACGGAACAUACAUGCUUCAGCAAGUGUUACCUAUACAGACACGUCUCAGCGAGUGUUACCGGUACAGACACGCUUCAGUGAAUGUUACCAGUACAGACGCUCCUCAGCGAGUGAUACCGGUAGACACGCUUCAGUGAGUGUUACCUGUCCGUCUGUCUGUACAGACACGCUUCAGUGAAUGUUACCAGUACAGACAUGCUUCAGCGAGUAUUACCAGUACAGACACGCUACAGUGAGUGUUAUCUGUCCGUCUGAACAGACACUCUUCAGUGAGUGUUACUGUGAGAGAAACAGUCUAAUGUACACAGCCUUCAUUGUAUUCACACGCCAAUGUUUCACAUUGCAUGAUCCUUGUUUACUUAUUAGACUUGUCCAUUAAAAUCCUUAAGAAUAGAGUA